AUGACAGAGCAAAGAUCCAUUCUCCGUCAAACGAAGAACUUCGAAGUCCGCAUAGCCAAGCAGAUGAGCAUUGAACUCACUGCGGCACGAAGCUUUGACGUUUUGGCCAUGGACUACCACCAAGCUACAUUGAUUGCUUGUAACAAUAUCUACAUGAGCAAGAAAGGGGGAAUGGAGAAAUAG